AUGGCAUUGCACCUAGCCAUGGAGGGAUUCAAGAAAGACAGACACUUCUACUAUCCAUCAAACUGUAUCGAAGUCCUUAUGAUCUUGAUUUGUGCAGGGGCUGACACAAAUGAUCUAUCUGGCAAAAUUAGGGAGGUCUUCCCGAAUAUUGCAAAGAGCGGCAGAGUUGAUCUCUUGAGAGAAUUAGAUCACCGCGGAUACAAUGUACUCGAUGAUGCCGCACUCUAUUCAGAUGCCUUGAUCACAGCCUCAGCCGUCGGUGACAUUGAAAAGAUCUAUUACAUGGGUACAAAGCAUGUCCCUUCAACUGGGAACAUCAAAGCUGCCGUCCUGGCUGCAAUAAAAGAUCAAAAAGAUGAAAUAGUUCGGAUGCCAACCAUCAGGGCACUCCUGAGCCUCAAAACGCCGCUUUUCUUUGACGAGAAUCAGGAUGUCGAGCCAUUGAUAAUUGCUUCGGAGAAGGACUAUCCCGAGAUCGUCGCCAUCCCACUCCAGCACACUAGACACGACAGAUCUGUCGUUGAAACCGCCUUGGAAGCAGCUCUCUACCACGAUAGUCUCGCCUGCGCACGCCUCAUUCUUGAGUCACAGAGCUGGGAACCUGCUGAAUGCCUUGAACUUUGUUCUCGCUUUAUUCCGAAAUGCCUCACUAGUUGUUCUGGUGAUAUGCUUACGUAUCUGUUGGACCAAGGGGUAUCCCCGACCAUGAGGGAUCCCGAAACAGGCGCAACUCUGUUGUAUAUCGCGGCUACCGCGAAUAACAAUGAUGUAGUUCAGAUUCUCGUGGCCCAUGGCGCAGAUGUCGACCUCGAUGGAGGCGAGUAUGGGACAGCACUACACGGAGCAGCAGUUUCUGGGAGUUGGAAGACGGUGGAGGCGCUCCUUUCGCUUGGUGCAGAUGUUGAUGCACAGAAUGAGCGUAUUGGUACGCCGUUAAUAGCAGUGAUGGCUCAGACGUGGGACAAAAAAUGUUUUAUGGAGAGGUGCAAGUUCAAGUGCCCUUAUAAAUGCCAUUGGUGCUGUGCAAGGGUGCUGCUGGGUUGCUAUGCGGAUGUCGAUGCCAAAGUUGGGGAGUUUGGUACGGCGCUACAUGCUGCAGAGAAGGUUGGGAACGAACGGGGAAUAAAGAUGCUCCUACAACAUGAGGAGUUCGGUAGUAGUAGCGACAAGGUUCCGUCCUUCUAG